AUGUGGAGUCGUUACCCGACUACUUCCACAACGACCACAUUUCUUCGAGAAUGCUUCGCAAGAUUUGGAAUUCCUACAGUCAUUGUGUCGGACAAUGGAAGCCAGUUCACCAGUGCUGAAUUCCGUGAUUUCUGCGAAGAAUUUGGGAUCGUCCAUUUCCGUACAGCUCCGUAUCAUCCACAAUCAAACGGGCAAGCGGAGAGGUUUGUGGACACCUUGAAGAGAUCGCUGAAGAAAAUUGUCGACGGAGGAGAGAAGUCAACCCUUACUGCGCUUCAAACGUUCCUGUACGUCUACAGAUCCACUCCAUCAGCGGUUCUGAGUGGACAAUCUCCAGCCGAGGUAAUGCUUGGACGCAAGAUGAGGACAACUUUGGACCUGUUACGACCGUCACCCAAACCAGAAUUUCACCCGCAACAUCAACCAGUCAAGCGAAGUUUCCUAGCUGGUGCUCGAGUUUAUGCCAAAGUCUACUCUGCAAACGAUAAGUGGAAGUGGAUGCCCGGUGUUGUGCUCGAAGCUAUUGGCAACGUCAACUACAACAUAUUAUUGGACUGCCAAGUUGGUCGACGCAAAGUGCUACGUUCGCACAUUGAUCAACUCCGAACGGGAAUGGAAGAAGUUGCUCCUGCACCAGCACCAUUAUCUAUCUUGAUUGACGACUUUGGACUUACUCCAGCUGAACCAACACCUCAGCUGGACAGAACCCAAUCUUCGAUCCAGAACGAUCAACCAACACCUAAUGAAGUCCUGAACUUGGAUCAACCAACAUCUGAUGAGGAGCACGUUGAGUCAGCCGAGGUUCUUGAUCUUCAAGAUACGUUGUCGAGUGAAGGAGAUGAAACUCUACUGUCAAUGGAUGUUCCCCAGCCGAUUCUGACAUCGACACCUUUGCAACGUCCCGUGCGAUCAACCCGGCCACCAAUCAAGUUUCAAGAUUAUCACUGCUACCAAAUUAGAGGGGGAGAUGCUACCUUGGCUACCAUGACUGUUGAUAGAUCACAGUAG